UAUUUAUUAGUUUAGUAAUAAUUUAGUCGUUGCUGCUGUAGGUGCUCGCUUGGCAAUAUAAAUGUAUGAAAACCGUUUAAUACUUUUAAAUGUGAUAAAAUGUUUACCUUUGCAUAGCUGUGUUGAAUUAAACAGACUGUUGUGAUAUAUCAAUGAGUUGUUAGUUCUCUAUGUUACGCUUAUCUCGAUAACACUUCACAAUAAUUUGUUUCAAUGGUGCAUGGUCGAUAACUGAUAGUAUGCUCCGACCUUAAUAAUUGAACCAUUUUCGACUGUGAUUUAUCAGACAAAUUUCGGGUUGAGAGUCAUUCAAAUGAGAAAAACAUUGUGCAAAAAAGCGCACAUCCGAACAAUGUAUUUCUGCGAGACUAUGGCAAACCGAAUCAUUAUUGGUUUUUUGAUGAUGACAACGGUUAUUCCACAAUAUUCAAGUUUGAGAAUAUUGGGUUUAUUUCCACAUCCGGGCGACAGUCAUUUUCACUUCUUUCAUCCAAUCAUGCUGGGUCUGGCUGAGGCCGGACAUGAUGUUACAGUGGUCAGUCAUUUUCCCGAUAAAAAUGCGCCGCCAAAUUAUAAGGAUCUCAAGAUUGGCGGUCAGAAUAGUUUAACUAACACAGUGGACCUAGCGUGGUUCGCAAACCGCUAUUCGUUUAAUCAUUACGUGGAAUUUUUUAUGCUUCACGGAUGGGGUCGUGAAUCCUGUGAGAAUGCUGUCAAUUCUGCAGCAAUGGACAAAGUAUUGAAAAUGAAGCAAAAAUUCGAUGUAAUCAUUGUGGAACAGUUCAACUCCGACUGUAUGAUGGGAGUUGCUUGGCAGCUUAAAGCUCCAAUCAUAGGGCUCAGCAGUUCAGCAAUUAUGCCAUACUACUAUACCAGACUCGGUCUGACGCAUCAACCGUCUCAUGUUCCGGUUAUGUUUCUUGGUUAUUCGGAUAAAAUGAAUUUCUCACAGAGACUAUCAAACUGGCUCGCUGCACAUUUGUUCCCAUUGAUGAGACGGGUCUUUAUGGAUCGUACGGACAAUGAAAUUUUGAGACGAAAAUUUGGUGACGACAUGCCGUCCGUAACGGAUAUAUCAACGAAAAUAAGUUUGAUGCUCGUGAAUACACACUAUUCGUUGAGUGGACCGAGAGCACUUUCACCGAAAGUAAUUGAAGUCGGUGGUGUACAUAUAAAAGAACCAAAGGCGCUUGAUGAGAAACUGCAACGUAUCAUGGAUUCCUCGGAGCACGGUAUAAUUUAUGUCAGUUGGGGUUCGAUGAUUCGAGCAGAAACAUUACCAGAAAAGAAGCGUGAAGACUUACUAAAGGUGUUCAGUUCCUUCAAGCAAACUGUGCUAUGGAAAUUCGAAAAUGAUACGCUGCCCAAUCAACCAGCCAAUGUUCACAUAUUCAAGUGGAUGCCACAAAGAGAGAUUUUAUGUCAUCCAAAAGUUCGGGUAUUCCUUACACACGGAGGAUUGUUGGGUAGCUCGGAAGCGGCUUAUUGUGGUGUACCAGUGGUUUCAACUCCAAUGUAUGGUGAUCAGUUCCUAAAUUCUGCUGCAUUCGUCGACCGUGGUAUGGGCAGAGUGGUCAAUUAUGAAGACAUCAGCGUGGAAGCAUUCGAGGAUGCCAUUAAAUUCGCUCUCCAGCCAAGUACUCAAGAGAAUGCAAAGAAAGUCUCGUAUUCGUACAGAAAUCGACCGAAACCAGUGAUGGAAACUGCUGUUUGGUGGGUUGAACAUGUUGCAGCAACCGGAGGAGCGCCUCUCACAAAUUGUCAGUCAGCGUUUAUGGCUUGGUAUGAAUACCACCUGCUGGAUGUUUAUGCAGUUGUGGCCGGUGGUCUGUUUAUUGUAGUAGCUAGUUGGAUUUGGGCGAUAAAAUUAAUUUGUGGAAGGAGCAAACAGACGUCGAAGGUGAAAGCUCACUAAGUUGUGUUAGUGUUGGCCCAACACUGUUGGGAACUAGAUAGUUGAGUGCAACAUUGUACAUAAUUUUUAUAUUUGCACAGUUUCUGUAAUUAAAUAAGUUAAAAAA